GUCACUGUUCGCCGCUGGCGUCUGAGCAGGAGGGGCUCCCGCAGCGUAACCCGGAAGUGCUUCUCUCUUCGGUGGCGGAGAGAAGAGACCACAGACCGCUGGAGCGUGGAGGCGGCGGCCGUGCGCUGUCCUCAGUAUGCAGCGAUUACUCUCUCCGCCCCUGAAGGCCUUGAUGGGGAGCCCGUGUCUCCGGCUCCUGGUUCCUAGGGCGGCGCCUAGAGCACAGUGUGGUUGCAGCUGUGGGAUCAGCCGUCCCUUGAGGCCAGGUCAAUACAGCACCGUCUCUGAAGUAGCCUUGCAAGCCGGAAGGGGUACAGUGUCCCUUCCCUCAAAGGCUGCUGAGCGGGUGGUGGGCCGAUGGCUCCUGGUCUGCAGUGGAACAGUGGCUGGAGCAGUUAUUCUUGGUGGAGUAACUAGGUUGACAGAGUCUGGCCUCUCGAUGGUAGAUUGGCAUUUAAUAAAGGAGAUGAAGCCACCUACAAACCAAGAGGAAUGGGAAGCAGAAUUCCAAAAAUACCAGCAAUUUCCAGAAUUUAAAAUCUUGAAUCAUGAUAUGACAUUGGCAGAAUUCAAGUUCAUCUGGUACAUGGAGUACUCCCACCGAAUGUGGGGUCGUCUUGUAGGCCUCGUAUACAUCCUGCCUGCUGCCUACUUUUGGAGAAAGGGCUGGCUCAGCCGCGCCAUGAAAGGACGUGUUCUUGCCCUCUGUGGUUUAGUCUGCUUCCAGGGUCUGUUGGGAUGGUAUAUGGUGAAAAGUGGAUUAGAAGAAAAACCAGACUCCCAUGACAUCCCUCGGGUCAGUCAGUACCGCCUUGCUGCCCACCUGGGGUCAGCCCUUGUUCUUUACUGCGCCAGCUUGUGGACCUCACUCUCACUGCUGCUCCCUCAGCACAAGUUGCUCUCGCCUCGUUUCAAGUCCUUGUUAGCCACAUAUUGGGCAGUACAGUUGCCUGAAACCCGUCAGCUCCUGUGGUUGAGACGAUUCGCUCAUGGAACAGCAGGCCUAGUGUUCCUUACGGCUCUCUCAGGGGCCUUUGUGGCAGGACUGGAUGCUGGGCUUGUUUACAACUCCUUUCCCAAGAUGGGAGAAUCUUGGAUCCCAGAGGAUCUCUUUACAUUCUCCCCCAUCCUGAGGAAUGUUUUUGAGAAUCCCACCAUGGUGCAGUUUGAUCACCGGAUUCUGGGAAUCACUUCCGUUACUGCCAUUACAGCACUCUACUUCCUCUCCCGGAGAAUUCCCCUUCCUCGAAGGACCAAGGUGGCAGCAGCGACUCUGCUAGCUUUGGCAUACACACAGGCCGGCUUGGGCAUUAGCACUCUGCUGAUGUACGUGCCAACUCCUCUGGCUGCCACUCACCAGUCAGGCUCCCUGGCUCUUCUCAGUGUUGCCCUUUGGCUCAUGAACGAACUCCGGAGAGUUCCAAAGUAAUUCUCAGAGGAUCACCUUUCUAGGACUGAAACUGCUUUUGAGAGCUCAUCAGAGUACAAGAACUUGGCUUUUCUAAGAGGAUGACCUUGGCAUACCAAGUGGUUUCCAAAUUUGUCAAGUUAUUUAAAAUUCUUUGCUUGUUUCUGAGACAGUCGCUGGAUCAAGAAUGUCAAUAUGGUGGGACUGGCCCAUGGCAUAGUGGUUGAGUUUGGUGGCCUGGGUUCACAGGUGUGGAUCCCAGGCACAGACCUACACCACUUGUUGGCCAUGCUGUGGUGGUGACCCACAUAUAAAGUAGAGGAAGAUUGGCACAGAUGUUGGAUUGGGGCUAAUUUUCCUCAAGCAAAAAAAAAACAGAGGAAGAUUGGCAACAGAUGUUAGCUCAGGGCAAAUCUUGCUCAGCAGAAAAAGAAGAAUGUCAAUAUAGUUAUGCUAAAGGUUCCUUUAUAAAUUUGUUACUUUUCAGGUUGAAAAUCAAGUUUAAUGUAGAGAAAGAAAUGUCUGCCAUUUGCUGCUCCUUAAUAGGCUGUGUCUCGGGUUUCUUUUUUUUUUUUCUUCUCCCCAAAACCCCCCAGUACAUAAUUGUAUAUUCUAGUUGUAGGUCCUUUUGGCUGUGCUAUGUGGGACGCCAGCUCAGCAUGGCUUGAUGAAUGGUGCUAAGUCUGUGCCCAGGAUCCAAACUCGUGAAACCCUGGGCCGCCGAAGCAAAGUGCACGAACUUAACCACUCGGCCACAGGGCCGCCCUUCGGUUUCUUAAUGUUGGUUGUACGUACAUGAUGUCUGUCUCCUUGACCUCCUGAGUCCUGAAUUCUGCCCAAGUGGAAAUUCUUUAUGAUCUCAACUUCUCUUCCAUCAGGUGAAGAUUCAAAGGGAAUGAUUGGCAUACCCUAAAGUAGCCAGAUAGCCUUCAGCAAGAAAUAGCUAUGUCUUCCAGAAUCCUGAUUUUCAAAAAUGGGGAAAGGGUAGAUUUUGACAAGCUUAAUGUCUAUAUGGCAGCAAACCAGUUUGUAAGUACUUAGAAAGGACAUAAUCACCAGUAACUCACUUGGAUGCAUCAAGCACUAACGUGGUUUCUCUUUUGAUAGUGCUGUUGCAUCACUAGGUCAGGUGAAUGGAAAAGAUCGUAUAAAUCACUUCCUGAAAGGGUUUCCUAACAGCCUUGUGGAUAAGAAAAAUAUGGCCUUGCUGGUGUAGUACAUGGACGUCUAUUCAGAUAUUUAAACAAAUGGUAGAUUAAUGAGUUGAUAUGAUUUUGGUCUUUUGAUACUUCACAGGGCUUUGUCUUAUUCAACUUAAUUUUAUUUUAAAUCAGUAAUUUGGAUGAAGCCAUCAGAAAGAUCGGAUUUGAGGAUGGAACAACUCAACGUUGCUAAUAUAAUAGAUGACGGUCACAACUCAAAACAGUUCCCGAGUGACACCAUAAAGAUGGAAUUAAACAGAUUAUAAAUGUAACAUCCUCAUUUGAAGUAAAUAGGUUGUAUAAAUUUGGGGUGGAGAAACCUGGCUUCAUGUCAUUUCAUAUAAAAAAGACUUAGGGAUUUCAGUUGGCCACAGACUCGAACAACCAAUGUAAUGACACUAAUAAAAAUUAACGGUGUUUCAGAUUUUA